AUGGCCAUGGAUUAUAAUUACCUACCCAGUGGCAACGUGUGUUUUAAUGCAGACAGCCCGGAAGAGAACAGCUCCAGCUGGGAUCCGUCGCACUGCUUCUUCAGGUCCCUUUUGCCCGGGGAGGGCACUGUGAAUUCUCUCAUCACUCUGUUCGCAGUGCUGUCCUGCCUGUCCUGGGUGGUCAAUGGCUACAUGUUUUACGGGAUCUUCAGGUCCGAGGAGCUCUCCUGGCAGCCCAGGUUUAUCUUGCUGAAGAACCUGGCGCUCAACGAUCUGCUGCUGACCACCACCUUCGUGCCCACCAUCCUCCACUGCCUGAUCAGCAGGCAGACGCUCAGUUUUGGGAUCUGGUGCCUGGCGCAGUACUCCAUCGGGACCAUGUGCGUCUUCUGUGCUAUCUACACACUCACCCUGAUGGCGCUAGAAAGGUAUCUGUACAUCUGUCACGCCAUCCAGUACAUCAACAUCCUCACGCCCCGCCGCCUGAAGCUCGGCAUUGCCCUGGCGUGGGGGGUGUCGGCAUCCAUGUCCGCCGUUUACUUGAUCCUUCUCCUCACGGGGCACGGCUCUUUCGGGAUGCCCACCACCGGCCUCCUCUGCGAGCCGGACAUCGUGGAGAAGCACAUGAACUUCCCGCUGGCGGCCGCCGCCUUCAGGAAGGCCUGCGGGAUGGCCUCCUUCCUGGUGUGCAUCCUGACCUGCGCCUUCUCCUACUUCAGGAUCUACGGUGAGGCCAAGAACGCCGUGGAGCCCUUCAACCAGACCAACAGCCGGGCGCGCAGGACCGUGCUCUUCUACAUCAGCAUGUUCUUCCUCCAGCUGGUGCCCUACUGGCUGAAGGUGGUGACCGAUGUCUUCUGGGAGCUGAACAGCCAGCCGCUGCGCCAGCAGGGCAACGCCGGCCUGCUGCACAUCGCGCUCCUGCUGCUCCUGUUUGUGCCGCCCUGUGUCAACCCCCUCAUCUACGGGCUCCGAAACAAGGAGGUGAGACGGACCAUGCUGCUGGCCACGUGCAGGAUUCACCUCCCCCGUUCUCCCGGCAUGGCGGCCUGA